AUGUUAUGGAACAUGCUUAGUUUUGAUGAGGAAAGUGAUGAUCAAGAUGGAGAUGCUAAUGAUCAAGAUGACGGCGCUAAUAAUGAGCAAAAUAUUGAUGAACAAGAUGGAGGCGGUGAUCAAGAUGAAGGCACUAAUAAUGAGCAAAAUACUGAUGAACAAGAUGGAGGCGGUAAUCAACAGGUUCCUAUUGACCAAGAAGUGGGCAUUACUGAGAAAAAUACUGAUGAUCAAGAUGAAGGCACUAAUAAUGAGCAAAAUACUGAUGAAGAAGAUGGAUGCGGUAAUCAACAGGUUCCUAUUGACCAAGAAGUGGGCACUAAUGAGCAAAAUACUGAUGAUCAAGAUGGAGGCGGUGAUCAAGAUGAAGGCACUAAUAAUGAGCAAAAUACUGAUGAUCAAGAUGAAGGCACUAUUAAUCAACAAGUUCUUAUUGACCAAGAAGUGGGCACUAAUGAGCAAAAUGUUAAUCAACAAGUUCCUAUGAAUCAACAGGUUCUUAAUGAACCAGAACAUUUUGAUGCUAUUGAAGAAGAUGGAGAACCAGAUUUAUAA